AUUUUACAGAACACCCUCCCUACGGAACCGCCUCAUUCACACCUAGGGAGAGAGGGGGGGGAGAGAGAGAGAGAGAGAGAGGCCUAAGGAAAUGACCGGACCGGCGAUGUCGCCAGUGCAGGCCGCCGCCGCCGCCGCCGCCGCCGCCGCGGACUUCAGUGCCAACCAGGCUUUGUCAGCCUCGUUGGUAAACUCGUUCAGAGUCGCUGCCGUGGCCGACCGAUUGUCUCUGCAUGUGAGGAGUGGCCAGAAAGUCGAUACUAACGAGUUCUUCAAUCUUUGCCUCUCACUUGCCAGAGGUAUUGAUUAUGCUGUUGCAAAUAAUGAGAUUCCAUCUGGAGUUCAAGUUUUACCUUUUUUGUUAAAACAGGUAUGUCAGUGCAAAAGUGAUUUCGUCUUACAUGCAGCUAUUAUGGUGCUGAUGAUAUCUGUGAAGAAUGCUUGUAGGAUUGGGUGGUUUUCGGACAAGGAUACUGGUGAACUUCUCGCUCUUGCAAAUGAGAUGGGGAAUGGCUUCUGCAGUAUGGGAGAUGUUAACUUUGAUUCAAGCUAUUGCAUUCCCGUUAUUUUGAAAGUUAUGUCCAGAUUCUAUCCACGAAUGAAAAUUGGCCAGAUACUAGCUUCUCUUGAAGUCAAGCCUGGAUAUGGGGCAUUUGUGGUUGAUUUCCAUAUCUCAAAGAAUGCAAUAUCUUCUCCACUGGAAAAAAUACGGCUAUUUGUUGUUCAAACAGAUAAUAUAGAGGUGUCUUCAUGUAUUAUCAGUCCCCCACAAGUCAACUUUUUAUUGAAUGGAAAAGGAGUGGAGAGAAGGACAAAUAUUUCAAUGGACAGUGGACCACAGAUUCCAACAAAUGUCACUGCUAUGCUCAAGUAUGGAACAAAUCUUCUUCAAGCUGUGGGCCAGUUUAAUGGUAAUUAUAUCAUAGCCAUUGCCUUUAUGAGUGUGACAUCAACCCUUGACAUGCCAGUUCUUCAAGAUUAUGUUCAGCCUGUUGCUGCUGCAUUUGAUGCAGUAGAUUCAGAGUUAAUUGAGGGGCCAUCACGAAUAUCGCUUAAUUGUCCAAUAAGCUACACACGUAUUAAAAUUCCUGUCAAAGGACAUUCAUGCAAACAUCUACAGUGUUUUGAUUUUCAAAACUUCGUGGAAAUAAAUACAAGAAGGCCUUCCUGGCGUUGCCCACAUUGUAAUCAGUAUGUCUGCUACACUGAUGUCCGUAUUGAUCAAAACAUGCUCAAGGUCUUAAGGGAAAUGGGAGAGAAUGUUGCUGAUGUGAUUAUAUCUGCAGACGGAUCCUGGAAAGCUGUCUCGGAAAGCAAUGACACUAAAGACCAGCCACAUGAUCAAUCCCUCAAUUGCCAGGAGGGGUCUGAGCGCAGAGACAUUAAUAGCUUCUCAAAUGCUCAUUCUAAUGUUUUGGACCUCACUGAGGGGGAUGAUGAGAUGGAUUCAAUGGGUACAUGCGAAAUUGAGGAGAGGAAACCUUCAAUUGGCAAUAUGCAAAAUCAUUUUGUUACAAAUCCAACUGGGCCACCACAAUUGAACAGUACAAGUGAGGUUAAUCAAAACAAUGCUUCUCAAGUUGAGGAUGACUAUUGGGCAGGGAUUUUCUUUCCUGAUCAUGGGUCUUCAUCAUCUGCUGUAAGGUCAGAUGCCCCAUUUUUAGGCGGCAUUUCUGGGCCAUCUCCUGCCAAUACCAUGCUGUCUCCUGUGCUAACUGAUGCCAUUACUCCUGCACUUAAUCGAGAACCUGAGGAUUUUCGUGGGUCUACUCAUCUCUCAAACUCUUUACUGCAGAAUCAACUGCUUCCACCUGAUCAUUUGCAGUUACAACAGUUGCAAUUUGGGCAUUCACUUGUCGGCAAUGAGUAUGGAAGGUUUCCAGCAAUACAGAGACAUGUAAGCAGAUCUCCAAUUGCAAUUCAGGCUCUUCCAGCCCAGACAGUGACACCUGGACCACAACAACGAUCUAGAAUUCCUUUGAAUCCCUUGGUUCCCACCAGUUCCUCUAUUGCUUCACAGGCAUCCCCAUCUGUGGCACCCACUGCUGAUGGCUUCAAUACUCUUGGCACUGAUGUGGAGAGGCAGCAGCAUAUUUCUAGAUCACUGGUGAAUCCCGUCGAGGCGUCAGACAUGACUUCAUCAUCAUUGCAUCACUUAGCCUCCCAGAACUGGAAUCAUCGAGAUCGUUCAUUUAUUUCGGGUCAGCCAGUUCAACAUGUUGUUGGUCUUGCAGCUCCAACUCAACUCCCAGUUCGCCAAAAUUCACAUCCACUGCAAUCUAUGAACAGGAUGCCUCAUAGCUUGAGCCAGCCCCCCAGCUUAGUCAGGUCAUCAACUCAAGGUCCGCAAGGUGGAGUUGGCCACACAGCAGGUUCUGUAAGUAGCCAGCAUGCCCAGUAUUUGGCUGCUGCUCACCGAGCCAUCCAGCGGGCUGCCCAGGUGCCUCGACAGUCGCCAUCUGUGCCUGUUCAGAUUCAAACAUGCAGAGCAGGCCCAUCCUUUCCAAUGCCCCCUGAUGGGUUUAGGGGAUCAGUUGGGGAGCAAAGAGGGAAUGCAGGAGGAAUGGUGCAACCUGUUUCAAGGGCCGAUGGUGUUGUGGAUUUGACAUCAGAACAGAAUUGGCGUCCCACGGGUCGAAUGCGUGGUAGCCUCUCAGGUCAAGCAUAUUCUGCUGCUCUGAGCCAGUUCAUGAUUAUUCAGCCAACCACAACUCAGGCUGCUCAAUCUGCAAGGCCCCAACCUACUCCGCCAACCUCAUCUGCCAGUAUACCUCCACAACUGCAGGCUUUUCUUGCAAACAGCAGAAAUCCUCAUGUUCCUCAUUCUCAGUAAUUAUUCGAAUGACAGAGUCAGCAUGUCGGACAGAAGUAAUUUCUGAGGCUGUAUAUAUUACGGCCAAUUUUAUUUUAUUUUAUCUUUCUUUUUUUUUUAAAAAAAAAUAUCUGGCCGAUUUUGUAUACCACGGUCACCUUGUACAGCUUCCAACUUUUUCCCUGGGGAAAAAAUUAGGGCUACAGACUUAAAUUGAGUUGGUAAUGAGGGUACACUGGGUUUGGUUCCUGGUUAUCAAUAUGAUGUUGAUGGUUGCAUUGUGGAUCCCUAUGUAAGAGCUCUUUUGCCCCCUCUUCAUUCUUUCUUUUUGGCUAACUUUUCAUAUUGGUUACGAGGGGAAUAGAUGGCUUGUUACUGGAUAUCACAACUUGUAAGCUUAUGAUGUAUAAUUUUAAUCUUUUAUCCAUGAUUU